AUGAUAAUCGAUUCCCUUACGCAACACCUCGUUGGACUUGUCGACUGGGCAGAAGCAGAACCUCUACCAUUCGGAACUUGUUUCUACGGACUUGAAGAAAUUCUAGGCGAAAUUACGCCGAUUGGUUUUAAUUACCAUCCCCAUGCUACAUAUUUGCGGGGGGUUUUCUGGACCGAACUAACCAUUCGAAUUCCAGAGUUAAGAAACGACAGUUUGAUGAAAAGAGUGAGACUUGCGAGGGACUUGGGCGUCAUACUCUGGCAUGGCAUUGCCUGGGACGAUGGAGCUAUAAAUCGGGUUGUUGUGGAUGGAAGGAAGGAAGAUGUAGAUGAGAUACGAAGAUUAGAUGCCUUUCUGGAUAUUGCUGGUAAUGCUGAUCUUACCACUAAAGCUACAAUUGGCCAGGAGAAUCCGUCAAAACUUUGA